UGUGUGCGCCGUUGGUUCUUUCUCUCUCACUCUGUCUCACUUGCAAUACCGGUGGUUCCGGUGAUUUUUCACUGUGAAAUUGAGAGGUUCUUUUUUAUGUAUGCUCUGGGGAGUGUUUGUGAGGAUUUUUACGGUUCGAUUUCUCUAUUUCAUUACGUUUCCGUUGUGAGAGUGGGGUUUCACUUCUUUGGGUAGAAGAUAGGUGUUUCCUGGGUGCUGUUGGCCGGCGCCAGAGUUGUUCGUCGCUGUUUUGGUCUCGUCUUUGAUAAUAGUGGCUGACCUACAAAAAUCUGAGCCACAUAGCGUGUUUCGAUUGUGUUUCGACUUUUUUUCUUGUUCCGGUUAUCACCUUUCAUGAUAUUUGGCGACGAUUUUAACAAAAAACCUUAUGAGAGUAGAUUUUAUGCGUCAUGGAUGCUAUCGAACCAUUACGAUACGGUGGUGGUGGAGACGCGAUGUCUAUCGAGGAUACUGCUUUCUUGAAGCUUAAUUCCUCUAGAAACUGUCAUGUGAUUUUGUUGUUUCAUAUACACACAAUCACACUGACAGUGACGGCGGCACUCCACGCAUUCACAGUCAGAGCUCUGAUCGACUAUGUUUGCCCUAUGCGCUUGAAUGGAUUCAACCUGGAUGGAGGUAAACAAAGCAAUGCAUGCGAAUUGCGGAGCCAGGUCGAUCUUUUGAAAUUAAAGAUUGAUAAUCCAAGUUACCACAGACGGAAUUGCCUUUUCAGGGCAUUGGCAGAUCAAUUGGAAGAAGAUGAAGAUGAUCAUGAGAAGUACAGAAGAAUGGUGGUGAAAUGUCUAAAGGAAAAUCCAACGAUGUUUACACCCUUUGUUGUUGAAGAUGAAGUUCCUUUGAUAAAUAUUGCGAAUCCAAACGGCAACGGCUUGUAACUGCAAGCCGAGAAAGAAUUGCUAUGGACGAUGAUGAAAGCACAAGAAAUGCAUAGAUCCACGCAACAAAUGUAAGUUUUUGGUAGUGUAGAUGGAUGCUAUAGAACCAUUACGACAAGGUGUGGUGGUGGAGACUAUCCGCCUUUUUAAUAUGACAUGGAAAAGUAUGCCAGCACCGGAAUGCAACCUUCUAGCUCCGUCCCCUCACCGAUGCCUCACGGAAGAGUAUAGUUAUGUAAGGGGCGCUGUCUAACCCGGCCUGCCUUCUAGAACCCCAAUUCUGUCAUGAAGAUUUUAGUAAUUAAGAUAAUGUAAAAAUGAGGACGAGCAUUGUACAUUUUGUAAUUAAAAGAAUUUUAUAUUCUCUUA